AUGGCGUCCCGUGUUUUAGAUAUUCUUUCGCUUUAUAAUCGCAACCAAGAGGCUACUUUAUAUAUUGGUAAUCUCGAUUUACAAGCCGAUGAGGAACUACUUUGGGAAUUUUUUAUGCAAGCAGGAAGAGUUAAGAGCAUUAACAUCCCGAGAGAUAAAGUUACCGGACAACAUCAAGGGUUUGGAUUCGUGGAAUAUGAAACUGAAACCGACGCAGACUACGCACUUAAGAUACUCAACUUCGUCAAAUUAUACCAUAAGCCCUUGAAACUGAACAAGGCUUCAAAAGAUAAGGAAAUAAGAGAGGUGGGAGCAAAGCUAUUUGUCGGUAACCUGGACGAUGAGGUUGAUGAAAGACUACUACACGAUACUUUCUCGGCAUUCGGACGCGUUUUAUCAGCCAAGUUGGUGAGGUCUGAGACCUCAGGCAAGACUUACGCAAUUGUGUCAUUUGACGACUUUGAGGCAAGUGAUGCGGCACUUCGUACCAUGAACGGCCAGUUUUUGUGCAAUAAACCAAUACACGUAUCAUACGCAUAUAAAGAGGACACAAAAGGAGAACGACACGGAGGAGCUGCUGAAAGACUGAUUGCUUCAAAGAGGCCAAAAGAUUAUAGUAAGCACAUGGCAGCAGCACAGUCACAUAUGCCAAUAGCAAAUACAUUUGUACCUCCACAAAUGCCCAUGUACCCAGUCAUGAAUGCGCCUGGAGUAAUAAUGCCUGCCAUGCAGCAGAGCAUGGUCAAUCCUCCACUAUUACCUCAACCUAAUAUGGGAGCACUUCCGGUGGGAAUGCCUCCACUGCCUAUGCAGAACCAAGUCCCAGUCAUUCCCCAAACAAUGCCUCAGCCGCAAAUGUUUAACAUGAAUUAA